AUGGCACCAGAUAAAAGAUCUAUCAUUACAGUCUUUAUGUUACUAUCGCUAUUUACGUGUACUUGUGUUGGUAAUUAUUGCUCGAGUGAUCAUCAAUGUUAUUCAUGGCAAAGUUGCUGUUCUGACUAUCGAUGCUCCGGUAGUUGUAUGGGAAAAUAUUGUAGAUCAAACUCAAACUGUGGCUCAGGAGAAUGCUGUCGUUCAAAUUUUCGUUGUGGCUAUUGUUGGAGAAUAUCUCAUAGUAAGACAGCAUCAGCGGGUUGGAUUUUUGCCGUGAUUGUCAUCAGCAUUAUCGUCAUACUUGUUGCAAUUAUUAUGUGUCGUUAUUGUUGUGUUUCUUCGAGACGUCAACAUGGUCAUGUAAUUGGUGUGCCGCCUGCUACAACGGGAAUGACUGUAAUGUCUAACUAUCAGCAUUUGACACAGCCACCACAACCAAUAUAUUAUCCUCAAAUUCCAACAUACCCUGGUCAACCACCUCCGUAUGAGCCUAAUGAAUCUUCUACACCUGCUGUUGUUGGAAUGUCGUUGGAGACGAAAAAAUGA